GAACUACCAUGACGUCGAACAUCACUGCACAUCACUGCGGUACGUCCACUCAGAACCUGGUUGCAUCCGUCCUUCCUCCUUUACUCAUCAUCGAGCUGUUACUUGGUCUACCUGGCAAUAUCUUGGCACUGUCAGUCUUCAGCAAAAACUUUAAGUCUUGGAGGGCCAACGUCAUGUUCCUCUUCAACCUGGUUUUGUCUGACUUUCUUCUUCUGAAAAGACUAUCUGAGUUGCGGAGCGAGAUCCAUGAGCACACUAUGCACAGCGCUGAAAAGCAGAACACCCUGAGUUCACACCAGGCGUGCCUCUAACCCUGGCAGAGGCAGAAGAGUUCCUUAGGGGGACCAACGAGGAGAUUGAGCAGACUCAACUGAUGAAAGAUGCAACAGAAACUGAUUAAAUCACCCUGAUGCUGAAGCAUAGAAUGAAGAGAUUGAGAUGUGGAAGAUGACAAAAUAGUUGUCUACAGUGACUUUUUACCCACUGUUUUAGAAUAUAGGGAAAUGUUAAUUAAGUGUUGUGAGAAAAAGUCACGCUAUGAUUAAGUGAUCAUUUUAUGAUCAAAUGGGGGAUUGUAAGAUAAUCUUAUCAGCCUGACUUUUCUUUCCCCGUUUCUCCCUCCUGGUUUUUAAGGAUGCAAGGGUAAGAUUGGAGAAUAGUUGUUAUUGUUUCAUCACACAUCUGGUUUUAAUGUAUGCAAUGUAUAUGUGUGUGUGUUUCUUGGAAAGCAGCCAAGAAAUGGUCCCUGUCUAUUGUAUUGCAAGUAUGGAAGGGUCUUCUUGGAUCCCCAGUUAGGCAGGGGUACUUGACCAGAAGUUGACCAUAUUUAGACUAGUUCCCUUUUAGUCGGUCACGUUCAACAUACAUCAGUAGUGACCGACGAAUUGGGAUAUCGCUAGAGAGCCUUAUCAGGUUCGAGUGAACUAAAAUGGGCCAAUGGAGUUGGCGUGUGAUAUUUGCAUAAUGCGCACCGCCCCCGCCAGGUGGUAUAAAUAGGGGAGCAGAUGCCAUCGUCUUUCGCUUCGGAGCCAACCACUUGUGUUCCAGCUUUCAGACUGAGAGUGAAUUCUACAAGCCUGUGUGUGAAGUACAGCGUCUUGUGUUGGUGUAAAGGCACUUCAGCGAGGUCGCGAGCUUCCCGAGGAGCCUGAGCUUAAGCUCUCAACUGCUGUUGUUACAGCAAAAAAUUUCCCAAACAAACCCAGCUGUGUCUGUUGUGAUUUGGGCCGGUUCCUCCAUUGUGUUCGGGGAGUGGUGUACCCAAACACAUCGUGACACUCCCUGUGUGCUUCAGCACAAGUGAGCUGAAUCUUCCCCUUCUAAAAGAGCUUCACAGACGAACCCUGCGUCUUUUUCAAGAUGUCAUUUCGUAUGUGCGUUACUGGAUACGGUCGUUCAUUGGUCCCCGCUGACGGCCACAAUCGCUGCAUCGCGUGCCUGGGCGUUCAGCAUGCUUUUGUGGAUAGUUCAUGUUCUCACUGUGAGAACAUGACUAUUGCAGUGUUGACAUCGAGACUCUCGUUCCUUGGUUCUCAGGGAGCGGGGGUCCCCUCCCCUGUGCCCCGUUCCGCCGUUUUCUCUGGCUUUGGCUGGGGUGACGGUGUGUCGGCGUGUAGGCAGGGUGAUCUGAGGAUCACGGUCAGGGCUUUCGCUGCCGAGCGCCGCUCCGCGGGCCCCUGCCCCCUCUACUUCACUGCAACCGGUGGUGCUGCCGAUCGAGCGUGCUGGUCCCUCUACCCCGGCUGUCCCCUGCUGCCUUCACCCCGCCGCCGGCCGCAUGGCCUCAGCCCGCUCGUCGCCGAGGGCGCCCGCCUGCGUCGUCCUCCGCCUCUGCUAAGUCGGCGAAGCAGCAGCCUACACCCGCCAAACAGCAGGGAGCCGGUCGCAGACGCAGCGCCCAGCCCGCUCAGGCCAAGCCAGGUGGCAAGAGAUCGAGAAACACGCGAUCCUGAGACGGGCGACCUGGAGGGGAAGGUUUCUGCUCUUCGGGAGAGUACUCCAUCGUCUCUCCCACCCUCGGAGGAGGGCCGGGGGGAAUUUGCGUACCUGUCUGUCCCGCCGCUGACUCUCCGGAGUCCAGCGGUACCCACUUCCUCACAAAAAGAGCAGUUUCCCAAUCCUCAAGGUCACAAGAGGGUCAGUGUGCGAGGCCCCGCCUUGCCACUCACAGCCCCCUCUCACUUCGGCAGCAGGUCCCAGUGUGUUGGUCGAGGCCGCCCCCAGCUGUCUCCCAUUCGCACUGUCACCUCGCAGAGUCUGACCCCACUUCGGGCUGCUAUGCCGUCCGAGUCGGGUCCCAGCACUCUGCUUUGCUGCCCCACCCCCGGUGCGUCUGUGGUGCCUUUGGUCCCGCUGGCUCGGUGUCUGAAAGCCUGGAUAGCGCUCCCCAGCCCGUCCCGCUGGCUCAUUCGCACAUCAGACUCGGCCAUGCGAUUCAGUUCGCCCAGCAUCCCCCGGUCUUCAGGGGUGUCCACUACACUCAGGUGUCACUGGACAAUGCACCUGUUCUCCGGGCGGAGAUUGCUGUCCUCCUGGCGAAGGAUGCAAUCGAGCCGGUCCCUCCAGCCGAUAUGAAGUCAGGGUUCUACAGCCCCUACUUCAUUGUACCCAAGAAGGGCGGUGGGCUACGGCCAAACCUGGAUCUGCGUGUCCUGAACCGGUCCCUUCACAGGCUGCCGUUCAAGAUGCUUACGCAGAAACGCAUUUUCGAAUGCAUCCGUCCCUAGGAUUGGUUUGCAGUGAUCGACCUGAAGGAUGCGUACUUUCAUGUCUCGAUUCUGCCUCGUCACAGACCCUUUCUACGGUUUGCGUUCGAGGGUCGGGCAUAUCAGUACAAAGUCCUACCCUUUGGGCUGGCCCUGUCGCCCCGCGUCUUUACAAAGGUUGCGGAGGCGACCAUUGUUCCGCUCAAGGAACAGGGCGUUCCCAUUCUCAACUACCUCGAUGACUGGCUCAUCCUGGCCAGCUCGCGGGAGCAGUUGUGCGAACACAGGGACAUGGUGUUAGCUCACCUCAGCCGGUUGGGUCUUCAGGUCAACUGGGACAAGAGCAAACUCUCCGUUGCGUACAUCAACCAUCAGGGUGAUCUACGCUCCCGCCGUAUGUCGCAACUCGCCCGCCAUCUCUUGUUAUGGAGUCAGAAGCAUCUGAGGUCGCUUCGUGCCAUUCAUGUCCCAGGCGUGCUCAACCGUGCAGCCGACGAGCUCUCACGGCAGCCUCCGCUUCCGGGCGAAUGGAGACUCCAUCCCCAGGUGGUCCAGCUGAUCUGGCAGCGCUUCGGCGAGGCACAGAUAGAUCUGUUCGCCUCCCCGGAGACUGCCCACUGCCAGUGGUUCUAUGCCCUGGCACUCAGCUGGCCCCGGGGCCUACGCAAGUAUGUGUUUCCCCCAGUGAGCCUUCUCGCACAGCUCCUGUGCAAAGUCAGGGAGGACGAGGAGCAAGUCUUGUUAGUGGCUCCAUACUGGCCCACUUGGACCUGGUUCUCUGACCUCACGCUCCUUGCAACAGCACCUCCCUGGCCCAUUCCUCUAAGGAAGGACCUCCUGACUCAGAGACAGGGCACCCUCUGGCACCCACGUCCUGACCUGUGGAAACUCCAUGUGUGGUCCCUGGACGGGACGCGGAGGUUCUGAGUGAUCUCCUGCAAGCGGUCGCAGACACUAUCACUUCCGCUAGAGCUCCUUCUACGAGGAACCUCUAUACGUUGAAGUGGAACCUGUUCGUCGAAUGGUGCUCCUCUCACCGAGAGGACCCCCGAUUAUGUUCCGUGUCGCCGCACAUCACUAUGCAGGUAAAUCGCUAGGGAAGCACGAUCUGAUCGUCAGGUUCCUGAGGGAGGCGAGGAGACUGAAUCCUCCCUGGCCUCCCUCUGUACCCUCUUGGGAUCUCACCCUGGUUCUUACAUCUCUCUGGGGUCAUCCCUUCGAGCCUUUGCAAUCCUGGUUGCACUGGCCUCGCUCAAGAGGGUAGGGGACCUGCACGCAUUUUCGGUUGACGAAUCGUGCCUGGAAUUCAGGCCCGGUGACUCUCACGUUAUCCUGAGACCCCGGCCUGGAUAUGUGCCCAAGGUUCCUACCACUCCUUUUUGAGAUCAGGUAGUGAACCUGCAAGCGCUGCCUUCGGAGGAGGCAGACUCAGCCCUAGCUUUGCUCUGUCCCGUCCGCACUCUGCGCCUGUACGUGGACAGAACGCAAAGCUUCAGGACCUCAGAUCAGCUCUUUUUCUGUUACGGAGGCCAGCAGAAGGGAAAGGCUGUCUCCAAGCAGAAGAUGGCCCACUGGAUAGUGGAUGCCAUCGCCCUGGCGUAUGAAUCCCAGGGCGUGGCUUGCCCGCUCGGGUUGAGAGCCCACUCCACCAGAGAAGUGGCCUCUUCCUGGGCGCUGGCGCAAGGCGACUCGCUGACAGAUAUCUGUGGAGCUGCGGGCUGGGCGACACCUAACACGUUCGCUAGAUUCUAUAGCCUUCGUGUAGAACCAGUGUAGUCUAGUUUACUUAGUGUGUAUUUCGGAACAGCAGUAGACUCUCUCGGCGUAAGCUUCCCUGUCCCAUUGGUGCGCCAGGUGGCUAGAGCUUGUGCUGGGCACUGGAAGGGGUUCAUAACUGUGGCGCUUUAUUUGGGAUCCCAAUUCGUCGGUCACUACUGAUGUACGUCAAACGUGACCGACUGAAAGGGAACGUCUCGGUUACGUAUGUAACCCUCAUUCCCUGAAGGUGGGAAUGGAGACGUACGUCCCGUCGCCACAGUUUCUGUACCCUCGCUGUAGUGUGGACUAGGUUGUCUCCUCAGCGAAAAACAGAGUGCGAUGGCAUCUGCUCCCCUAUUUAUACCACCUGGCGGGGGUGGUGCACAUUAUGCAAAUAUCGCACGUCAACUCCAUUUUAGUUCACUCGAAGCUGAUAGGGCUCUCUAGCGAUAUCCCAAUUCGUCGGUCACUACUGGUGUACGUCUCCAUUCCCUCCUUCAGGGAACGAGGGUUACAUACGUAACCGAGACGUUUUUCUAUAUGUACCACGUUCCUAUAUCAUGAAAGUAUAUUCUCAUUGGACAGUUGCUACACCAUCCCUUGAACAUGUAUAAAAGCCAUGUACAGAAGUAUGAUUGGGAGGAGGUUUUUUGAACGGAUUGGCUUCAUGUUCAUGACUCUUUUCCCAUAGGCCUAUGCAUUCAAUGAGUGAAAAAGACAAACUGAGAAUGAGGCAUGACUAGGGACAAUAAACGGAGAUUAAAAUAAUCUUACACUCUCAUUGAGGCUUAAAAAAUGACUUGCAAGUCAUUUAAAACCAGAUUGAAAUUUUUCAGAGAUUGAAUUAAUAGUUAAGUAAGAUUGAAGGUGAUUUAGAACCACUUUCUCUAAAAUUUUAGAAAAAAAAAAAGACAAGUUUGAAAUAGGACGAAAGUUAGCUGGUAAUGCGGGAUUCAAACUAGGUGCUUUAAGAUAAGGCCGCACCGUGGCAAGUUUAAAGUCACCAGGUACAGUGCCAGUAUAGAUACAUUUGUUAAUAAUAGACAAUAAGUCAGGGCCAACAGUCUCAAUAAUUUGUACAAGGAAAUGUACAGGAAUUACAUCCUGGGGGCACGUAGUAGGUUUCAGAGUAGACAUAAUCUCAAUCAGAGUAUUUAAAUUUACAGGCUCAAAGACAGACCAAGUGGAAGGGGAGAUAGGAUUAUCAGACAAUUUGUAUGAUGACAGAGGCAAUAAAGAUGUAAUUUGGGAAAUCUUAUCAUUAAAAUGUCUUGCAAAAUCCUCACAAAGAGAGACAGAUGUCUCAGGAAACAGCUUAACAUUUGGGUGAAGAACAGAUUCAAUAGUGGAAAAAAGGAUAUUAGGCUUAUGGCUAUUUUUUUAAAUUAAUUCAGAGAGAUGCAGCCUUAGCAGCUCGCUGAUAGGCAGAAAGAGAGUCACUUAAAAUUUCAUAUGACACUUGUAGUUUGUCUUUUUUCCAUUUACUUUCAGCCCUUUGACAGGUCUGUCUGAGAGAACGAGUAAAGUCAUUUUGCCAAGGGA